UCUCGAUCUGCGGCUUCGAGCUUCAUCUCUAUAAUUAAAAACAUUGGUUGAGGCCAGUUCAUUACCGGAGAAAUUAAGUCGCAAACCAAAGUUUACUUAAAAGAACGGAUAUCAUUUGAGUUGCAAUAUCACAACUGACUUAUACUGAGGGAAUAUUACCUCUAAAGCCAGCUCUCGGAAAGACGUAUAAAAAACAAUGCCUCAUUGAUAUCGAAACCUUCACGUCCCUAAAAUGAUAAAGUUUUAAGAGCUGACUCCGGUUACUUCCUUCGAAUACUGUUUAGCGUUCGGAAAGCUAACAAAGUAUCCUUCAAACGAACGAUCGUGUCAUGUUGACAGAAAUACCCUCGGAUGAAUCAAUUUGUUAUGGUAUCAUUCUCUCCACGCUUUCAAUCUUAACUCUUCUAGGAAACAGCUUGGUGUGCCUUGCUGUUUGGAGAUUAAAGAAUUUAAGAAGGUUGACGAACUAUUUAGUGUGCAGUUUGGCGGGUGCUGAUCUGUUGGUUCCUAUUCUUCGCGUGAUUUACAUCAAUAUUUCAGUUUAUGCUGGAAAAUGGGUGUUUGGAAUAACAUGGUGCCAUAUAUCCUCGAUGUGCGGCGUGCUUCUUUGUAGUGCUUCCAUCCUUCAUCUUUGCGCCAUCAGCAUCGAAAGACUUAUCGCAAUAAAAUGGCCGUUAUCGUACGACGCGAAAGUCACUCCGAAAAGAAUUGUCAUUGUGCUGAUAUACAUCUGGGUACAGUCCUUUGUAUUGUCCAUUUUCCCUACUUUGGGUCUUGCUGAACAGCGUUUCAACCCAGUCCUGGCAGAGUGCGAGAUAAACUGGCUUAAAAAGCCAACUUUGACAAUACUGUUGAUUGUGUUUUAUUUUUUUCUGCCGGUUUCUGUAAUGCUUAUUGCCUAUGCAAUUAUUUUUAAAGAAGUCCGCAGAAACAGCCGCAGGAUCUCCGCACUAGAGAGCGCUGGGAAUCAAGGCUCGCAAAAUAAUGUGUUUAAAAGGGAAAUGAAGGCCGUUAAAACUUUAGCAGUGGUCGUAGGUAUGUUUUUUAUCAUGUGGAUGCCUUACUUUGUUACCACAACUAUUCGAGCUUUCAGAGGGGAUGAUUUGAUUCCAGGCGCACUCCAGAGAACUGUUAUAACGCUAGCGUACGGCAACUCAUGCUGCAACUUUGUAAUUUAUGCGCUAAUGAAUGCUCAGUUAAGAAAUGCGUUUUAUCAUAUUUUGAGAGAGUGUUGUGGCAAGCGUGGAACGAGGAUAGAUUUGAAUUCCACGCGAGGAUUGAACUUGACUACUGUAAGUACAAAAAGGCGAACUAAAGCACCUAUGGAGAACAAAGAUAAAUAUCGAAGAGACUAAAUAGAAAGAUCCUGCUUUAGUGCUCAUGAAUAAUUGUUUUGGUUUAUAUCAACAUGAACCAAACAAUAUAGAUAACAAAAAAAUUAGUUUAUUUCUUUCAACAUACCGAAAAAUGGUCGGAAGUCAUACUCUUGACAUAUGAUUUUGUCUGGUCGGCAGCUCGAAGGCGAGUUGUAAUUACUCGUCACACUUCCAAACUAGCCAAUUUAGCGCACGAAAAGCACUAUUCAUCUUUGGUAUAUACUAACCAAUGGUGUCCAAGCAUUCCGGGCGCUGCUGAGCAAAGGGUAAGGAAAAGUUGAGUUGUAACUUAUUCAAAAGAGGCAUAUCAAGUACGCGCAUAUUUAUUGACAAUUAAAACUAACGUGGUGUUUUAAAUAUCGUUUUAUCUGUGCUAAGUA